CUACUACUACAACCAUUCGACUCUCCGGUCUAGUCCACUUGCGCAACUAUGGAUGACGACCUAUUCAACGUAUUCGACGACAAACCGCAGCCUGCUAACAGCAACAAAACGAAUCUAAAAAGAUCGCUCAACGGCAAUGUCAAACAGAAUGGCGGCGACUCGGUCAUGGCAGACGCUCCGGUCGAGACGAAGGACUUUGCAAACACUGUAGCAGCAAAAGGCGGCGAUAAGAAGGGCAACGGCGACGACGAGGCAAAUGGGGAGCAGGAAGAGGGGCAACGGGGACAAAAGCGCCAGCGAAUGGAAGAUGCGCCGGACGCAGUCGUGACGGACGAGUUCGAGACGGAACAGCAGCGAGAGGUGGCCGCCUCUGCAGGACUCCAGGCGCAGCAAGAUGGAAGCGCCGCCGUGACUCUCAAACAUCAAGUGCGCCAUCAAGUAUCGCUUCCGCCCGACUGCGAUUAUGUGCCCAUCUCGCAGCACAAGCGGCCCGAACACCCCGCCAAGGUCUUCCCCUUCACCCUCGAUCCCUUUCAGGAAGUGUCAGUGGCCUCGAUCGAGCGCAACGAGAGUGUCUUGGUGUCGGCGCACACUUCGGCUGGCAAGACGGUCGUGGCAGAGUAUGCCAUCGCGCAAUGUCUCAAGAACAAUCAGCGAGUCAUCUAUACUAGUCCCAUCAAGGCUCUCAGCAACCAAAAGUACCGCGAAUUCAAUGCCGAGUUUGGUGAUUGCGGCCUAAUGACGGGAGACGUCACCAUCAACCCCACUGCAACAUGUCUGGUCAUGACUACCGAGAUUCUGCGCUCUAUGCUGUAUCGUGGAAGUGAGAUCAUGCGCGAGGUGGCUUGGGUAGUGUUUGAUGAGGUGCACUACAUGCGCGACCGAGCACGAGGUGUGGUGUGGGAAGAGACCAUCAUUUUGCUUCCCGACAAGGUUCGAUACGUCUUCCUAUCUGCCACAAUCCCCAACGCUAUGCAGUUCGCCGAGUGGAUCACCAAGAUACACAACCAGCCCUGUCACGUUGUGUACACCGACUUCCGACCCACACCACUCCAGCACUACUUCUUUCCCGCCAGCGCCGAUGGCAUUCACCUCAUCGUCGACGAAAAGGGCGUAUUUCGCGAAGAGAAUUUCAACAAGGCCAUGGCAGCCAUAGCAGACAAGGCGGGUGAUGAUGGCUCGGAUCCUUUAGCCAAGCGCAAAGGCAGAGGCAAGGACAAAAAGACCAAUAAAGGAGGGAAGAAGGAUGGCCCGACGGACAUUUACAAGAUCGUUAAGAUGAUCAUGCUGAAGAACUACAACCCCGUCAUCGUCUUCUCCUUCUCCAAGCGAGAUUGCGAAAAUUACGCUCUACAAAUGUCACAGCUGGCCUUCAAUGAUGAGUCGGAAAAGGCCAUGGUCUCCAAAGUCUUUGAUUCGGCCAUUGAGAUGUUGUCAGACGAGGACAAGCAGCUCCCACAGAUUCAGCAUAUUCUGCCACUGCUUCGCCGUGGUAUCGGCAUUCAUCACUCCGGUCUGCUGCCCAUCCUCAAGGAGACCAUUGAAAUUCUAUUCCAGGAAGGUCUCAUCAAGGUCUUAUUCGCCACAGAGACCUUCUCCAUCGGCCUCAACAUGCCUGCCAAGACGGUCGUCUUCACCGCUGUUCGUAAAUUCGAUGGUCGAGAACUGAGAUGGGUGACACCAUCGGAGUUCAUUCAAAUGUCGGGACGUGCUGGUCGCAGAGGUCUCGAUGAGCGUGGUAUCGUGAUCAUGAUGAUCGAUGAAAAGAUGGACCCGCCUGUGGCCAAGGAGAUUGUCAAGGGUGAGCAGGACAAGCUGAAUUCUGCCUUUUAUCUGGGCUACAACAUGAUUCUCAAUCUGAUGCGAGUGGAAGGCAUCAGCCCCGAGUUCAUGCUGGAGCGUUGCUUUUUCCAAUUUCAAAAUGCAGCUUCCGUUUCAAGCAUCGAGAAACAACUCAUGGAGCUGGAGCAGAAGCGUGCCGAUGCCGUGAUCGAAGAUGAAGCCCAGAUCAAGGAGUAUUACGACUUGCGGCAGAGUCUUGAAACGUACUCUUCCGACAUGAAAAAGGUCAUCAGCCACCCGCAGUACUUGUGCAAGUUCAUGCAAUCUGGUCGACUGGUCAAGGUCAAGCAUAACGGUCAGGACUUUGGCUGGGGCGUUGUAGUCAACUUUAUGAAAGUCAAGCCGGCCCGGGGCCAGAGCGAGGACGACAUGAAUAUCGGCCAUUCUGUCGUCAUUGAUGUGCUGCUCAACAUUGCAGCUGACAGCUCCGCGCCCGGCACGUCCAGCCAGCUCAGGGACGACAUGCCGAAAGAAGUCCGACCCUGCGAGCCGGGCGAAAAGGGCAAGAUGGAGGUUGUACCGGUGAUGAAUGGAACCAUUGAUGCUGUCGGCCAUAUCAGGGUCUUCCUGCCAAACGAUCUCCGGACCUCUGAGCAGCGUAACACUGUCCGGAAGUCGCUUGAAGAGGUCGCUAGACGCUUCCCCGACGGCGUGGCUGUGCUUGACCCUAUCGAGAACAUGGGUAUCGAUGACGACAGCUUCAAGAAACUAUUGCGCAAGAUCGAAGUGCUCGAACACAAGCUCCUCAACAAUCCUCUGCAUACGAGCGACAAACUACCGGAUCUGUACGAUCGGUAUGCAGCAAAGAUUGAAAUCACCAACGAGAUCAAGGCGACUCGAAAGAAGAUGACUGAUGCGCUUUCGGUUCUUCAACUGGAUGAGCUCAAGAACCGCAAGCGUGUUCUGCGUCGUCUCGGAUUCGUCAACGAGGCCGAUGUCGUCCAGCUCAAGGCGCGUGUUGCGUGUGAGAUUUCCACUGGAGACGAGCUUGUCCUCUCCGAACUUCUCUUCAAUCGCUUCUUCAACGAACUUACUCCCGAGCAGUGCGCGGCGACACUCUCCGUCUUCAUCUUUGAAGAGAAGAGUGACGAGGCCCCGGCACUCAAGGAAGACUUGGCCAAAGCUUUCCGAGAAAUCCAAGCCCAAGCACGGCAGAUUGCCAAGGUCUCUAUGGAGUGUAAAGUUCUGGUCAAUGAAGAGGAAUACAUUCAAGGUUUCAAGCAUCAGUUGAUGGAUGUGGUGUUUUCUUGGUGUAAUGGGGCAAGUUUUGCCGAGAUUUGCAAAAUGACCGACGUCUACGAAGGCUCCCUCAUCCGCCUUUUCCGCCGUCUCGAAGAACUAUUACGCCAGAUGGCUCAGGCUUCCAAAGUCAUGGGCUCGGAAGACCUGGAAAAGAAGUUCGAGGGCGCGCUCGGAAAAGUCAGGAGGGACAUUGUUGCCGCGCAAAGUUUGUACCUCUGAGAAACCAAAUACUCAGGUACUGCUGGCGAGGAGAGUAACCACCCUACGUCAAGCCAUGGGAGCCUCGCAAAGAAUACUGACUAUACAGGACACGACUUGCGAAGUGGGGAUUGCUCAGGGGGGCGACGCAAAAAAAGGGGAAUGAAUUCUGGACAUUUGGCGUUUUUUCUUUCAUGAGGGAAAUGGGAUACCAUUUGUCAUGCGCCGCGCGCACUUGUAGAAAAGAAGAAUCAGGGUACAUACCUACCUACCUAACUACUUACCGUAGGGGACGAACAAACGCUUGCCAUUGCCGCUGAGGGCCGUGGCCAUGCCUUUUGUGGGCUCGACCUUGGUACCGGAGAGAAGAGAGAGGUUGUUUUCUUUUUUUAGUUUCCUCGCGCUAUGAGCCGCUUCUUUGGUUGCGGCCUGUUGCGAUGCGAGAAACCAAAAAACCCCCUCUCUCUUCUCAAAGAUGGUGCCGAGGGAGGGAGCCCUGGCGGGAAAAACUCUGUAUUUGACUGCCUACCUAAGGUACUUACUGUCUUUUCCCACCCUUUU